AUGGCGUCGGAAACCGACAUUCCAGAAACUGGUGCCAUCUUCACAUUUGGGCGUUCACGUUUUGCUGGAAACGAACCCAGUAGAUUCUGGGUACGAAAUGACCGCAUCUUACAGCUGGCCUGUGGAGAUGAACACACAGCCUUGGUCACUGAAAGUGGACGAAUCUUCACAUUUGGCUCAAAUGAAUGGGGUCAGUUGGGUCUUGGAGACACUAUACCCAGAGAUAAACCAUGUUGUAUUAAGGAUCUAAAGAAAGAAAAAGUUGUCUUAGUAGCUUGUGGUAGGUCCCACACUAUUGUCACAACAGAGUCUGGUCAGUUGUACACAUUUGGUUCCAAUGGGGAAGGUCAGCUUGGAGUGAAAGAUAUUGACAAACACAUAACUCCCGUUCAGGUGGACAGCUUCCCUCCAAAUAGCAAAUACAAAAUGGUGGCUGCUGGAGUUGAUCAUUCUGUUUGUCUCACAGGAAAUGGUGAUGUUUAUGUUUGGGGUGGCAACAGUGAAGGACAGUUAGGGACUGGCAGCAAUGAAGAUAACCCUGUCCCCACCUUGUUGUCCGUAGGGGAGCCCGUAGUUAGCAUAGCUGUUGGCUAUUAUCAUACUGCACUGUUGACAAAAACUGGAUUGGUGUUUGUGUUUGGUGAGGUGGAUAGUGGAAAGCUUGGACUUGGGAAUGAUAUUUGCAAUUGCCGACAACCCCAGAAACUGUUGCUCAAGGGUGAGCAGAUUCAAGCUCUAUCAUGUGGUGGAUCUCACACUGUCUUGCUGACUGAUCAGAAAGAAGUCUACACUUGUGGAAAUGGAGAAAAUGGUCAACUUGGUCAUGGACCAUCCAAGCAACAACUUUCAGUCCCAGAGAAAUUAAAUCUUCCUUUCAAAGUGACUGCCAUUUGCUGUGGGGAAAACCACACGGCCCUCCUCUCAGAUGAUGGCUACCUGUACACAUGUGGAGAUGGAAGACAUGGCAAGCUUGGUCAAGGAAAAGACAGUUACUCCAAUCAGUUCCAGCCAUCUCGGCUUCAUAGAUUCGAUCCAUUCAUUGUUGACAAGGUUGCUUGUGGAGGUUGUCACAUGAUGGUGCUGGCACAUCACAGGUGCAUUCAAAAUGGGGACAGUCUUGAGUGCAUGCCCAAACUGAGCACUGAAGGAAAUCAAAUUCUGCUGGAAAAUGCAGUAAAUCUUUCAGGUACAUUGUCAGCAAGAGACCGGCGCCGACAGACAACAGAUUCUUCCCUUUCUUCCCUCAACCGUACACUUCCAUCUUUGUCUGGAAAAACAUUACUGCUUCCUCACAACCCUGAUCAUCUACAGAAUUCCAUAGCACCUGCUGUUGAAGUUCGGCAUUUACCAAGACUGAGGAACAAUUUGUCAAUAGGAACAGUACCAAAGACAGAUACUGCAGAAGAUAGAGGCAAAAAAGAAACUGAAUCCACAAUUCAUUCGAAUGAAGAUGAACUAAAAUAUGGCAGCCAAAAUAGUGGCCAGCUGCCAGUGAAAAGCAUAUCAGAAAUCUCCAGGCCAAAAGCAGCUCCAAGAAAGCUCAAACCUGUCGAUGCAAGAAAUGGACAUGUCACUGUUGAAAAUGGCUCCAAAGACUCAUUGGAAGAAAGUUGUCUUCCAGUUGUCGAUGUUGAGAAGAAAGAUGAUGUGAACAAAGUUAAAAUAAACAAUAUUCACAAUAAUGAUGAUGUUGCCAACCAUAAAAUGCCUAUUUCACAAACAAAUGGUUUUUCCCCAAAUAUUAGUAAUGGUGCUACUGUCAGUGCCAUGAUUGUUGAAGAUGAAAGUGAAAUAACAUUAUCUCAAGAGAAGAAGAAAAAGAAAAAAAAGGAAGAUAAAGGAAAAAUCAAGACAAAAGAAAAGGAAAAAAAGAAGAUUAAAGAACCUUCUGAAGUGAGGCUGGAGUCUGACGAAUCUGAAACUGAAGAACCAAGAGAAGGCAAGGAUAAUAGAGAGAUAAAGCCACUGAAGGCACCAAAGAAAGUGGAAAGGAAAAAGAUCAAAAAACUGAAAGAAAGUGAAAGAAAGAGUAAAGAAGAGAGUGAGGAGGAGGAGGAGGAGGAGGAGGAAGAAGAAGAAGAAGAAGAGGAGGAGGAGGAGGAGGAGGCAAGUGAAACAGAGAAAAAAGAUGGAAAGAAUAAAAAUUCACCAAGCAAGAAAAAUUCAAAGACAAAAGCAGGUGAAAAACUUCAAGGGAAAAAGGAGGAGGAAUGUUCUGAAGAAGAGGAAAUCUCCAGACAGAGGCUGAGGACCAAGAAGAUACCACAAAUAAAAAGUCCUCAACUUGUAGCAUCUUAUAAGCAGACUUUUACAGUUGUUGACCAUGUUUGA